GUGGAAGAUGGAAGAUGUAAGUUGUAACAGUGCUGCGCACCUUGGUCAAUUAUCGUUCUUCUCGUCAAAUGCUUCAUUACCAUGAGUCAGAAACUAUAUAUGUUUCAGUUUAACAUUUCAGCUGAAGUGAUUAAUGGCUCAAUGCCCAUUUGGAACGCUGGAAGAAAAAAUGGAGAAGCAGGAAGAACGCACACCAAGUGUCGUGUACUUAUUGAUCUGGAACGAUAUGGUCAACACAUGAGCAUGAACUAUUGGACGCAGGACUUGAAACAAUCUGCAUGACUGGACUUGUUCUUAAUAUAUCCUUGAUCUCCUUGGAGUCUUGACUCAGAGACAUCUCAUUCCAUUCCACCACAGCUCCUGUUCAUUCUCUCCUCCACCUGCUGUGUUAUCUUCCUGAGGAGAGAGAGUCCCCAAAUGGAGAUGUUCCUUUCUGCAGUCCUGGGUGAGCUCACCACUAGAUCCAUAAAUUUCUUCAUCAACAAAAGCUCCAAGCCGUCGGCGUUGGAUGUGGAGGAUCGCCUCCGCAGGGUCCUGCUCCGGGCACAGGUCAUCGUCGACGAGGCCAUGGGACGGCACAUCACAAACCAAGCUAUGCUCCAGCAGCUGGACAUGUUGAGAGACGCCAUGCACCGGGGCUAUUACAUGCUCGACACCUUCAGAUACCAAUCUCACGACAAAGAGGACGCCAAAGAUCAGGUCGUGAGUCACUCUUUGUCUCUGUCCAAACUAAGUUCUCUGAAAGGUUUCUGUUUCUCCACUGGAACAAGUACACGGAUUUUGGAACAACUGCAAAAGGCGCUUGACAAUUUGAGCUCCAUGAUCCUUGAUGUGGAUGAGCUGGUCGUGUUCUUGACGAGCUACCCUCGCAUGUACCACCAGCCUUACAACAUGCAUCUCCUACUGGGUAACUGCAUGUUUGGCCGCCAGAUGGAAGCAGAACUUAUCAUUAAAUUCCUGUUGCACACGCAACCUAAUGGUUCUGAAGAAUUGGAAGUCCUACCAAUUAUCGGUCCUGGCAAAGUCGGUAAGACCACCCUUGUUGCUCAUGUUUGCAAGUAUGAAAGAGUCCGUGAUCAUUUCUCAGAAAUCUUGUUCUUGCGUGACCAUGAGUUUACAGAUGAUGAUCUAACUACUUUCGGAGAAGGAUGUGCAAUGAAACAUCAAAAUGGCCUGUCAAACUCCAACAAAGACAGGAGAUUGCUAGUUGUUGUGGAGUUAGUAGGGGAUCUCAAUGAAGAUGCAUGGAAUAGGUUGCAUUCUGCUUCUAAACAGAGGGCGCAAAGCGGUAGUAAAAUCAUACUCAUAAGCCAAUCUGACAAGAUCGUAAAGUUUGGAACUACACAGGCUCUAACUCUGAAGUAUCUAUCCUAUGAGGCAUAUUGGUAUUUCUUUAAGACACUUACAUUUGGAAGCAUGGAUCCCGAGAUGCACCCGAGGCACGUUCACUUGGCCAUGGAGAUAAUCAGGACGUUGAACGGUUCCCUCCUGGGCGCAAACAUGGCCUCUCAUUUGCUGAGGAACAACUUUGGCAUCCACUUUUGGUGCAGGGUUCUGGCCUUCUUGAGAGGGCUCAUCCAGAAGCAUGUCUCCAGAUUUGGUGUGCAUCCAUUUGAUCUUGUGGACCAAAAUAGAACUGCACAUCUUGGGAGAAUGGCUACACCUUCUGAAGUUUUUGUGGUUUAUGAUCAAUAUCAACGCUCUUCAGAAGAGGAGGUUCCGAAGAUAAGAAUCGAAGAAGUGAUGUAUGGAAACGUUAAGCCUCAUGGUAAAUUUGAGGUCCUAGGAUGGAGGUCUCGGAUAGCACCAUACUAUAGCUAUGUGUAUACUUGUGAGAUUCGGGAGCUAAAAACUACAGCUGCCAAGAGGAAGCGUUCUAUGAGAAAUGGAGUCACACUUCGUCAAUUUUGUCAUUAUGAAGCUUAUGGAGAAGGAUAUCUGAAUAUGCUUUGAUAGGGUGCUACAAGUUACAUCAUAGUCAUGAUAGGAUGUCACAAGUUACAACAUUGUGAAACUGUAGUAGUGUAAAGUAUUUAGCAUUAGCAGAAUAAUGCUUGAGGUUGAGCCAUAGAUUUUCAUGACAUAAAAUGAAUUGCUUGUCAUUGAUUUUACUCCAGGUAGCAGCCCCAGAAUCUGGGCGUUGAGA